CGCCCGGCAGUCAGGCCGUGCGCGGUCAGCUGACCGGAAGCGGCGGCAGUGUGGUCAGCUGACCGGAAGUCGCGGCAGCGCGGGGCGCUGAGGAGCGGUGAUGGAACGCUACGACAAAGCGGCGCUGAACGCGGCCUUCGCGCCCGAGUUUCGGCAAAAUGAGGGUUCAUUAACAUCAACUUUAAGAACACUUCUAUUCUUCACAGCUCUAAUGAUCACAUUACCUGUUGGGCUGUAUUUUUCAUCAAAGGCUUAUAUAUUUGAAGGUACCUUAGGAAUGUCCAACAGAGACAGCUAUUUUUAUGCUGCCAUAGUUGCUGUAGUCACAGUUCAUGUGGUACUUGCUAUGUUUGUAUAUGUAGCGUGGAGCGAAGGCACUCGGCAGUGGCGGGAAGGCAAACAGGACUAAACUGAAAGCCAUCUCCAUCUGAUACCUACAGACUGUAAAUAUCAUUUCUGCAAAUGAAAAGCAUUCUUCAAAAUGUUUAAUAGAUGUGUACAAAGAUGAGGCUGAGGCCUCAACCCUGUUCAGUUAUGAUAAGACCUUUGCUUGUCUUGGAUGUGUAGCAGUAUUUUCUGUAAUGCUGAUGGAAGUUGUAUGUGGGUGUAAGCAGCUUCUACUAGGUUGACCUGAGGAGGUAUUCACAUGAAAUCAGAAAGAAAUACUUCAAAAAAAAAAAAUCACAUAGCUAUUUUUGCAAAUCUUAGUAUUUUUUCUGGCCUGCUCUGAAACUAACAUUGACCUGAAGCAAGCAUUGUUUUAAAAUUAACUAAAUUGCUAUUUAAAAAGUAAUUUUUAAACACUUGCUGUCCAAACAAAAUGAAAAGGAUGGGAUUUCUUUUCUGUGAUUAGUCCAGAUGUGCAUUCUCUUAUGCUAAUUCAUCAAGUUACUGCACGUAUAGAUUACUGCGUUGGAAGAAGUGGAAUAAAGGCAUUGGCCAAACUGGCAGCUCUUUAUGGCAAUGUGCUGGGCAGAAGCUUUGUACCUGUAGCAAAUGGAAGCUGUCAGAAAAAGCUGCAGAUAUUCUCUGAAAAUCUCAUCAAGGAGCAACCACUGAAGUAUUCUGACCUUCCUAUCAAAACCAGACAUUGCUUUCUGACUUAAGUAAUUCAUUUUUCAGGAAAUCUCAAAUCACAGUUAAUCAUGUAGAAUGAAUAGGCUAUUUUAAGAGUAACACGAGAUAAAUGUUUAGUGACCUUAUCCUGCAGUUACAGUUUGAGUCCAAAACACUAGACAAGCUUUGUCUCCUAGGAGGUAAAAUUACUCCUUGAGGAAGUUGGAGGGGAAAUGUAUUUCUGAGUACGGAAGUAAUUUAAAAAUCAGAACUUGUUACUAAGAAGAUCAUGGGAUGUCUUCCUAAUGUGAAAUACCCAGCUUUCCUCAUCUUCAGUUGUAAUUUUUGAUUGCAGUAUAAAAUGUAAUCUCUAAUUUUCUAUUGUUUUGAGAGCAUUUGUCUUAUUAGUGCAGUGCUUAUCUUUCUGUUCUUCUACUGCUAAAUCUUGAUGAAGCAAGAGAAAUGGCGUAGUGGCACAGUGUGUUUUUUAUGUCCUUGCCUCUGUGUAUGUACUUGAUAAUUGCUGAAGGAUGCAACUGCAUUGCCUGUGGUGAGCUGCAACAGAAACAGCUGUAACCUGCACUAAUGAGCAGUGGAGGAACAAGUGAGAUACAAGGGAGAAAACAAGCUGUAGCCAUCUGCAAACGUUGUCCUUUAUGAAGCAGAACACAAGAAUGAUCACAAUAUGGAAACUUUGCUUCUUUUCAUGCGUAUGAACUUGUGCACUGUGAAAUGAUACAAUAUGUUGAGCUUUUUUCCUUCCUUGGUUGUGUCUGGACACUUCCUGUUGUAAAACCAUGGUGACACUUUUGCGUUGUAGAGUAACAACCUAAAUUUCAUUUCUCUGCAGUGUUGUUGUUAGCAAUCUAGUCUGCAGAGAAAAUGUCUCCCCUACGUUCCAGCAGCGCAUAGAGCCUUUCUAAAGCUGUUUGCUUUUAAGUUACUGUACUUGAGGUCUUUCUGUUAAUUUGAGCUUUUGGUUAUUGCAUCAGUUGAGUAUUUUCAGAAGUGUUUUGCUUAAUAUAGGACUUGGAAUGAUUUUGUUGCUCCAUUUGUCUUUUGUAAAAUGUACCUAUAAACAAAAUGGAAAUUAGGUAUCUGUGCCCAGUAGCUGGAGGAAUGUGUUCCCACAACUCAUUCUUGUCAGCCUGUGUGUGCAGACAUAUACACCGUGUGUUAGGACGUAGCUGAAGCAUUAGCAAUGAAUCCUACACAGGAGUGUAAAGCUAAUACAAGUCACUUUUAUAUUAUAUUUCUGAAAUGUUAGAUUACUGGAAAACAAGGGAUCAUGGAUGAGAAAAGUUAACAUCUCAUAGCACUGAAACACAAAUGUGGUUUGUAUGGUGGCAUGUUGGGUCCCUGUUCUCCAGCAUGUGGAACGUGCACGUUGUAGAACAAGUACUGCCUUUCAAUAAGAAACUUCUCUGCAAUACACGAUGCACUAAAUAAAUGUGUGUGCUGAACACUUUGAAUAAUAUCUUUAACAAUACUCACUAAUACCGCAGCUUACAAGUAGAUCAGCCAUGGCAUUGUUCAGUAGUUGUAUUAAGUUAUAAUGGAGUAUGAAUGUGAAAAUGGUUGUGCUUUACUGCCUGGGUCUAGUGCUGUAUGUCUUGCUUCAUGCACCAGAAUUCUUAGACACUAGAUUAAUUUCCUAGGAAUAGUAAUGAAACAACUUAGUAACAAAAAUCUAAGAAGCUUGAUGUAUGUAUAGAAGUCACAAUGUUUCAGCAGCUGGACAUAGAAAGAUAUCUUCUCUUGAAGAUAGUGUUUUGAUAGCAAUGUUCUCCCUGAGAAAAGAGACAAGUCCAGAGUUUCUGGACAGCAACAAUCAAAUACCCCUGGGUUUUACCUUGCCUGUGCUUGGAAGCUGGAACAACCACUAAGGUAAGUGGUGCAAUGAGAGCAGUCAGGUGGUAGAAUUACACGUGGUUUGGGAGCUCAAAAAACAAACUACAAUCCUAUAAUGUACUACAUGGAAUAGAUACUCGGGGAGUUGUGUUGUGCCUUAACAAUGCCAAGAUUUAUUAUAUUUCAGGAGCUUGAUUGCAGUUUUUUUUAUUGUUUAUAUUCAUAUUUCUUCAUGUCCUUGUUAGUGCUUAGGCUAACGGGUGAAUCACGUUUUUUUUUUGUGUAAUGAUCAUUGUGAUUGUUCUAUUUAAAUAUUGAUUACUCCACAACUGCAGUCAGUUUCUGUAUUUUGUUGCAUUGCUUUUAUUUUCUAUAAAAGAACAAUAUAAAACUUGUAAUAAUUUAGUACUCUUAA